UUACGCCCACCACGAUGACCAGUAUAUGAAGAGCGGGUCAGAGCCCACAAAUUACCUAUAUGUACGUAAGGGUUUAGCAGAAUUACAACAAGAAAUAGAUUUGGCCCACAUUUGGCUGACCACUGGCCAACCAAUCGCCAACAAUGUGAACAUAACUGGCCAUCAAAUGCCGUUCCCAUCGAUUACAGUGUAUAACAAGAUUCAAACGCCAAGAAAUCUAGACAUGAAAUACUAUGUGGUUUUAGUAAUACUGUUUGAAUUGUUGGUUAUGUUACCCGUUAUAGUGAAGCGUAUCGUUGAGGACAGACAGACCCGGAUUACCGACUAUUUGUUUCAAAUGGGUGUCCAAAGGGUCGACCACUGGUUCUCCGUUAUAAUCGACGCACUGGUAGUGAUUGGCUUACAAUUAAUCAUAAUAUUGUUGAUAUUGUCUUACGAUAACAUCACUUACUAUACGGACUAUAGACGUGUGGACACCGUUUACUCGCAUUCACUACUGGACGGCAUAUCUGUGCCAUUAUUUGUCUCAUUUUCGCUGCUAUUUCUCAUACAAAGUAUACUAUUUGUGGCCUUAAUAUCGGUUUUCUUCCGCAAUCCAAACCUCGCAGUGAUUGUGACGAUAAUCGCAUGGAUUAUCACAUUUGCCAUUCCUAUCGCCUAUACCUUCCUAUUCAUAGGGAAGUCACGUCCGGUGCUGUCCGACACCGGACUUGAAGUGUUUUCAUGCCUUUUACCCAAUUGUGCCCUCUUUUGGUUCAUUCAUAUAUGCAUUGGACUCAUAGUGAAUGCCGAGACGGGAGCCGAUUGGGCCCACGUGUUUGAAUCAGGGUACUUUUUUGAUCACAUGAAUGUCAGCCAAGUGUUGGCAAUGAUUGUCAUAUCUCGCGACAAAGUGUGGGAACCGAUGGUUGAAAACGAGGCGAUUAUUCGUAUAAAUAAUUUGCGCAAAACUUAUAAAACAAUGUUUGGCUUAAAAUCGGACACAAUUUUAAAGGGAAUAGACUUUGAAGUAAAAGACAAGACAAUUGCCGUACUUUUGGGACCAAACGGUUCGGGAAAGACAACACUAAUCAACAUAAUUACCGGUUUGAUUGGCUUUAAAGGACAGGUGACUAUCGGUAGCCAUCAUAUCAUACGUGAGCAAAGUUUAGUGCAGAAUAUGACCGGAAUUUGUCCGCAAGAAAACGUUUACUUUAAAUACUUGACAAUUAGAGAGCAUUUAAUGCUAUUCUCGCGACUAAAACACGCCAUCCGUGACAGCGAUGACGGAUAUAGUGGUCAACAUUUAAUGCUAUUCUCGCGACUAAAACACGCCAUCCGUGACAGCGAUGACGGAUAUAGUGGUCAAGAGUUGGUCCGACUCUUGAGUCUCGAGAAAGACCUAAACAAAGAGGCGUUUCAUUUGUCGGGCGGAGGACUGAGACGACUGGUGCUGUCGAUGGCUCUCAUCGGACACAACGAUGUCUUAGUAUUAGACGAACCGACGGCUGCUUUGGAUCCGCGGAUCCGACGACAGGUUUGGGAUCUGAUUAUUGCUUCAAGAAAUGCCGGCAAAACUGUUUUAAUCACUUCACACGACUUCGAAGAAGCGAAUCUACUGUCGGAUCAAAUCUGUAUCAUCUCUGAAGGUAUGGUUCGUUUCAAUGGAUCCACUCUUGAGAUGAAAAAGCGAUUCAAUUCCGGAUACGAACUCAAAGUUUGCAAAUCUAUUGAAAUGCAAACCGAGAGUAAAAUAACGGCAAUUAUUGGAAAACUUGUCGACUACUCUUCCGGCGAAAGUCUUUACAACUAUUUUCAUAACAUAUUGUUUGGCGUUUCGGUUAAUAUUAGCGCCGAUUAUAAGUCAAUGGAUGUCAACGUUUGGCACAAUUAUAUCGCUUAUCAUUCACUCCCGAUAUCAUUGAAUCUAAUGACAAACACUUUGCUCAAGACGUUGACCAAAGAUAAUGAUUACACAAUUAGUGUCUCUCACGAGGCCUUACAGGAGAUUCAAAGAGGAUAUGACAAUAAUUUUGGCCAACGAUUCAGCGCUCAAGAGAUUAUUGUGGGAACAGAUUAUGUGAUCUUCUUAUGUGUUUUCUCCUUCACUUCCGCCGCAUAUACAUAUCUGAUGGCCAGUGAUCUGUCGAUGACAUCCCUAUACCUAUCAUUCCUCUGCUAUGGUCUGGCAUUCAUACCGUUUGCAUACUUAAUAUCAUUUAUGUUUACAAAACCGUCGACUGCUUUCACAUUCAUAUCAUUGUAUAAUAUAAUCGUCGGAACAGUUGUUAUACUCAUUGAACUGACGGCCAGUUAUUUCCGGCCGACAUUUAUCAUGAAGUUAUUGACACUUUUGGCACCGAAUGUACUGUUUCUCAAUUGCAUCGACUUUUUGCACCAAAUAUUGUUUAUAAAUACCAUUUGUCCGGCGAUGGAAAGGGAGGACCCCCUCCGGAGCUACUGUCCGAAGGGUCGGGAGUUUUACGUUUACGGGGCGAAGAAGUUUUGCUGUCGACCCGUAUGUAACACAACCACUGAAUUGGAUUUCAAACACUACUCAAUAUAUGAGUUAAGAGUACAACACUUUGACACCAAUUGCCAUCAGUUUCUCAAUCCGUUUGAUUACAUCAGCGCUUAUUUCAUACAUUUCCUGUUUUAUGGCGUGAUUUAUAUGUGUAUUGUAUUCACGAUUGAAACCAAAUUUCAUAAAACAGUAUAUAAUUUGAUGAAGAAAUACUCCGCCAUUAGGGACGACAUCGAUGUCCACGACUUGAAUGCCAUUGAAUUGCAAGAAGUGAUCGAAAGCCCGGAUUUGAGACAAGAAUACGAAACGGUUUCGCAAUUAAUAAGGAGUGAAAACUUUGACAGCGUUUCACUUAUUUGCGAUAAAUUGACUAAAAAUCUCAACAAAAAGACUAUUAUUCCGAAUGAGAUGUCGUUUGUGGUGAACAAAGACCAGUGUUUCGGUCUUUUGGGGACCAAUGGCUCGGGAAAGACGACUACUUUCCGGUUACUGACCGGCGAUCUCGAGAUGGACUCCGGGAACGCAUACUUGGGCUCAAACGCCGACCUAAUGGCCAAUAAGAGACAAUUUUACUCACGAGUCGGUUAUUGUCCGCAAACGGACGCCCUUUUGGAUCAAUUGACGGGAAGACAAACACUGGUAUUCUUCGGGCGAAUCCGCGGACUUCAGACAAAAGCGCUGAAAAUGUUUAUCAAAAACAUUAGCGAAAAGUUUGAGUUAAAGACAAUUAUCGACAAAAGAGUGUCCACUUAUAGCGGCGGUAAUCGGCGUAAACUAUCCCUCGCUGUGGCAGUGAUGGCCAGUCCUCGGCUCCUACUGCUGGACGAGCCGACCACUGGUGUCGACCCGUCGUCUCGACUGUCCAUUUGGCGACUGUUAAGAGAUUUAGUCGUUUCGUCCAAAACUUCAAUUCUGUUGACUUCGCAUAAUAUGAUUGAAUGCCAAACACUAUGCGAUCGGUUGGCGAUUGUGUCCAAAGGUGUGAUCAAAACCAUUGGAUUCACUGAUGAGCUGAAGAACAGGUACGGCAAAGGGUUUGAUGUGAUCCUAAAAAUCAAUGGCGAAACGAGUGAUGAGAUUAUCUCCACUUUGAAGUCACGAAUGCAUGACUUGUUUGGCGAUAAAUGUGUGGAAAAGUACAGCAAUUUGUGUGUCAUUUACUAUAAUCUUAAUCUGGAUUUAAAAUUAUCGCAAAUUUUUGGUUCAUUGGAAACAUUGAAAUGUGAACUCAAUUUAGAGGACUAUUUGGUGACCAACUCUUCCCUCGAACAGACAUUCCUCGCAAUCACUCAAACAAAUACCACUUCUCUA